AUGACGGACCUAAUCAGGGAUGCCCCAAUCGGGCAAAUUAUCCGUUUUGUCACGCGAAACCGCCUCCUUCAGUACCCUGAAGAGAAGCCUGACUACAAGCUACCCAAUGAAUACACCCACCCCAACACACUCCCUCUGGAAGUUCCUGUAGAAGAGCCCUACGUUCCAGACAUAGAACCAGUCCAGGAAGAGGUCGAACCACGUGAAGAGAGGGAAUCAGAGGAAGAGACUCUGGACCUCGAGAAGAGCAGAACCGUCGAUACUUCACGAACCGGAAACACCACCGACCUCGAGAAGAUCGAGACUGCCCGAACUGGACGAACAUCGCUCUAUCCAUCAGCAACUGCAAACACUAUCCGCUCCGGCCUCGAGCGUGUAGGCACCCGCACUGCCCUCCAGAGAUCUGUCACCAGGGCCGAUCUUGAGCAACAAUUCACGAAUGCCACUCUGGAGCGUGGCCCGACUAUGCAAAUAGUUCCAACCCGCCUGGAUGAUGGGACAACCCUUGUUGACUGGUACACUACCGACGAUCCCGAGAACCCACAGAACUGGUCAUUCAAGAAGAAGGCUUUCGUCGCCACCCAGAUCUACGCCUACACUCUUGCCGUCUACAUGGGCUCUGCCAUCUACGCUCCCAGUGAAGAGGGUGUGAUGCACGAGUUUGGCGUCUCAAUCAACGCUGCCGCACUGGGACUGUCCAUGUACGUCCUCGCCUACGGCAUCGGCCCCCUCAUCUGGUCGCCGCUCAGUGAGAUUCCCUUCAUUGGGCGCAACCCGCCUUACAUGAUCACCUUUGCCAUCUUCGUCAUCCUCCUCGUGCCUACCGCUCUGGUCGAGAACUUUGCUGGCCUCGUCGUUCUCCGUUUCCUGCUGGGCUUCUUCGGCAGCCCCUGCCUGGCAACCGGCGGCGCAUCUCUCGGGGACAUGUACAGCCUCAUCAAGCUCCCCUAUGUCCUCAGCCUGUGGGCUCUCGCAGCCACCUGCGGCCCGGCCCUCGGCCCCAUCAUCUCGGGCUUCAGCGUCGCAGCCGAGAACUGGCGGUGGUCGCAAUGGGAGCUGCUCUGGCUGGCGGGCCCCGUCUGGCUCGUCCUCUUCCUCUUCCUGCCGGAGACCUCGACCUCGACCAUCCUCCUCCGCCGCGCCGAGCGCUUGCGCCGCCUCACCGGCAAACCCACCUUCAAAGCGCAAUCCGAGCUCGACCAGGCCAACCUCAGCAUCCGCGACGUGGCCAUCGAGUCGCUCUGGCGGCCCAUCCAGCUCAUCCUGCUCGACCCAGCCAUCGCCUUCACGGCCGUCUACACGGCCCUCAUCUACGGCAUCUUCUACUCCUUCUUCGAGGCGUUCCCGCAGGUCUACAUGGGCAUGUACGGCAUGAACCUGGGCCAGAUGGGCCUGACGUUCCUGUCCAUCACGGCCGGCGUACUGCUCGCCAUCGUCAGCUACUGGGUCUACAUCCGCUGGUCCGUCGAGCCGUCCAUCCGCGCCCACGGCCUGGGGUCGCCCGAGCGUCGCCUCAUCCCCGCGCUCGUGGUAUCUAUAUUUUGCCCCAUCGGCCUGUUCAUCUUCGGCUGGACGAGCGACCCGCGCAUACACUGGAUCGUGAGCGUUGUGGGUGUGGGCAUUUUUACUGUCGGCAUCUUUCUUGUCUUGCAGUGCAUCUUCCUCUACCUGCCGCUCGUGUAUCCGCAGUACGCGGCUAGUCUGUUCGCUGGCAACGACUUCUUGCGCAGCACCCUGGCUGCUGGCGCUGUGCACUUUGCUCGCCCGCUGUUCGGCAACUUGGGCGUCGGUGUGGGUGUGAGCAUUUUGGCUGCCUUUACGGUCGUGUGCUGUGCUGGUGUGUGGUUGCUGUACUUCUAUGGCGAGAAGCUGAGGGCCAGGAGCAGGUUCUCGGCUAAGUAA